GGGCAUGCACUAGAUAUUACACAAAAUUUUUAGAGAAACGAGUCCAAUGAAGCCUAGUAGAGUGUUGACAGUUUUGGUCAUCUUCCUGGUUUGGGGAAGUGUCCAUUCUCAGCUUCAAGUUGGGUUUUACACAAGCACGUGCGGCCUAGCUGAAUUCAUUGUUAAGCAAGAGGUUAGAAAUGGGUUUAUGAAAGACAGAGGAGUGGCUGCUGGGCUUGUGAGGAUGCACUUUCAUGAUUGCUUCGUUAGGGGUUGCGAUGCAUCGGUGCUUCUGGAUUCUACUUCAUCCAACACGGCGGAGAAAGACUCCCCUGCAAAUAACCCUAGCCUCAGAGGGUUUGAAGUCAUAGACAAAGCAAAGGCUAGACUAGAAGCAAUGUGUAAAGGAGUAGUUUCCUGUGCUGAUAUAGUUGCGUUUGCUGCUAGAGACAGUGUCGAGAUUGUUGGAGGACUUGGCUACGAUGUGCCGGCUGGAAGAAGAGACGGUGGAGUUUCCCUAGCUUCAGAUACCGCAACAAACCUGCCUCCUCCGACGUUCAAUGUAAACCAACUGACUCAGUUGUUUGCAAACAAGGGAUUAACUCAGGAAGAAAUGGUUACUCUUUCAGGAGCACACACAAUUGGGAGGUCUCACUGCACUUCCUUCAGCAACAGAUUGUAUAAUUUCAGUGGGACAUCAAAGCAGGACCCAAGUUUGGAUGCGAGUUAUGCAGCUACGUUGAAGCAGCAAUGUCCAGCAGGUAGUACAGAUCCUAAUUUGGUGGUACCCAUGAAGCCUUCCAAUCCAAACGUCAUAGACGCCGGGUACUAUGUUGAUGUCCUGGCAAACCGAGGAUUGUUCACAUCGGAUCAGACUCUGCUGACAGACACAGCAACAGCAAACCAAGUGAACCAAAAUGCAAUGAGUCCACAGGCCUGGAAGGCUAAAUUUGCGGCUGCAAUGGUAAAGAUGGGGCAGAUUGGUGUCUUAACAGGAAGUGCAGGGGAAAUUCGGUCCAACUGUAGGGUGAUCAACAGCUAGAGAGCAAAUUUAUCUGGACUAAGAAGUCAGAUGUUAACUAUUUAACUCCAAUCAACUGUCGCAAAUAAU